GCGUGUGUGUGCGUGUGUGUGCGUGUGUGUGUGUGUGUGUGUGUUUAGUUAUCUGUGCUGAAAAGCAGGUUUUUCGAGUUACAGUAAAACCUUUGAGACGUUCCACUGCAGCCGGGGACACUUCACACACCAGCACUCGAUUCCAGUUUGGCCUGUUGUCCAAUCACAGACACCAGAGGAACGUCCACCAGAUGGAGUUUGCCUCUGGGUUUGUUUAUGUUUCCCCAGCAACGCAGGUCAAGCGCUCAGCUCUCCUCCCACCAAGAACGGGGCGUUACCUACACAGCCCUCUGACCACGACCCCUAAACCAGGCACCGCCCUCUUACCCCCCAAAUCACCCAAACCCAUCAGAGCGCUCAAACCUCCAUCUCGCCCGCCCCCCAUCCCCACGACCCCUAAACCCCCCACACCGACCAGCGCCAGCCCCACGAAACCCACCCCUGUGUACGUGAAUCUCCUGUCUCUACUGCAAGAGCCACAGCACACACCAAACCCACACACAGUAACCUCACCUCCACCUAACUGGAGGAAACACCUUGGCCACACCCGAUCUCCGCCCCUCCCUGCACCAAAGCCAAUCAGAAAGCCCCAAUCGCCCUCAGAGAGUGAAUCCAUCUACGAGUUGCCAUCGCCUGAACUGGAGAAAGAGUCUUCCGACCUCAAACACUGGAACCCACCUUUUAGCCCCCCAAACUACCAGAGAACCCAGAUACCAGCAGCGGCUCCGCCUCCUCCACCGCGCCCGUCCUUCUUGAAGCGACUCCCAGAAUACGGCUGCGUUCUGCCUUCCUCUUCCUCUCAGUCGGGCCGUGAUCGUCUGAGUGGCAGCAGUUCGUCUGUUUCUGAAGGAGAUGAUAACAAGCAGCCGUUGCCUGGCAACCCCAACGUGCUCCUGGUUAAUCUUGGGAAGCUUGUAGGUGAAGAGCAGGGUGAGCGUAUGCAGGGUGAGCCAUCAUGCUGCUUAGGGUGUGGAUCAGUGUUUGAGUCCACGUAUGAUAACACGGUAAAAGAAUGUUAUUUUUGUCAGUCUUGGAGCCCCGCCCCUUCCCCUGCCCCAGGCCCACCCACUGGCUAUGAGGACUUGCUCUUCUUGUUGACUCCUGACCUUAAGGGUCAAUCGCUGGAUGGAAAUCUGCUCAUAUUCUGUAUCUGUACUUCGCACUCCAUGAGCACUCAGGUUGAAGUGGAGAGUAAUGCUACAUGCAGAUCCCGUCUCCAUUCUGUGCAGGAAGCUAUGCUGCAGUGUGUCCAGACUCUGGGUGAGAGGGAUGCAGAGCUUCGUAUUGGACUUGUAACAUUCAAUGAUAAGGUAACAAUGCACAGUGUUGGUGAGCUUCCGUCCCAAGUUCUUCAAGGAGGAGAACUGUCUGACAAAGAAUACCUCAAAGAGGCGGGGCUUAGCUUUCCGACUCCGCCUCCUCUCUCUCAGAGUCAAGCCAGCCUGCAGAUGGAGAUUCACAAGCUUCAGGAGAGUGGAGCAUCUUCUCUGGGAGCUGCUGCUCUGGUUUCCAUAAUGAUGGCCUCCAAGCACCCUGGAUCAAAGGUGCUGCUGUGUACUGAUGGGGUUCCAAACGCAGGACUGGGUAAUUUGGACCCUGAACUUUCUCACUCUCGCUCUAUCGUCUCCUCUUCAAUAUUCUACCAGGAGCUCGGAGAGACCGCAGCUGCACAGGGGGUAUCAGUGUCUGUAGUGGCUGUGGACAGGUCCGGCUGCAGGCUGGAUGAGUUAGGACGACUGACCGAUGGAACCGGAGGAAAGGUGGUGAUCUCCAGCUGUGAUGAUCUGUAUGUUGAGUUUAUGGGACUCAUUGAUGACAGAACCAUCGCUACACACUGCACCGUCACCCUGCUGCUGCCCUCAGCACUGAGUCUGAGAGGAGAGAAGGAAGCAGGGCAUCGUGGGAUGCGGGAGGUGGGAAACAUCACUGAGAAAUCAAAGAUUACGUUUCAGUACGGAGAGACGGAAAAGACCCGCGCCCUGCUGAGUGGGAGGAGUGUAUGUGUGCAGCUGCAGGUGAGGUAUCGCCGUUGUGACGGACUGAGCAUGCUCAGAGUGCUGAUGGCUAACCUGAAGACCACUGAGAACAGUUCCCAGGUCCUGUCCUCCCUCUGUCUAUCCAUCCUGCUGCUGAAUGCCAGUCAGACGAGUGCAGCGCUGGCCCUCAGGGGCCGAUUCAGAGACGCCCAGAGAGAGAGAGACGCCCAGAAACAACUCGUACACAGAGCACUGGAGCACAGACAGAAUACAGAGGACGAACUGAUAUGGGGAGAGUGGAUCAGAACCACAGACGCCAUCUACAACAACCUGCACAAAUACCCACGUAAAACAUCAGAGGUGAGAUCUGACUGUCAGUCUCUCUCUGACGCUGAUGCUGCUCUGCUGUACGCCAUGAAGAACAACUACUACGACUGCUAAACACCUACAAACACACCACUCACUCCGACUGAACUCUCUCAUAAACACUGAAAACUCUGGACUGUUAACCAGCUUACAGACACUAACCUGAACACGACACUCACCGGCCACUUUAUUACAAACACCUACCAUGUACUUCCACUAAUUGGCCACUUUAUUAGAAACGCCUACCUUGUGCUUCCACUCACCGGCCACUUUAUUAGAAACACCUACCAUGUACUUCCACUAAUUGGCCACUUUAUUAGAAACGCCUACCUUGCGCUUCCACUAACUGGCCACUUUAUCAGAAACACCUACCUUGUGCUUCCACUAACUGGCCACUUUAUUAGAAACACCUACCUUGUAGUACUGGUGUAGACCUAAUAGUUAUAGUUCACCACAUCUUUAAAACAUAAAACAUCUCAGACGUCAGGCAGCUUAUUUCAUGUAAUAACUGUUUGUGAAGGAGCUUUUAGACACAUUACAGUGCAAAUUACAAACAUAUAAAUACAAACGUGUGCAAGAGUGUGUAGGUGGGUGUUUUUGUGUCUCUGGAGUUUUCUCUGUCUCACCACUAGAGGGCAGCACUGAUCUGCUAAAUUCCACAUCAGACCACAAGAGACCUGAAGCAGUGCUAGAACCUUUAAACAGAAUAAAACACACAGCUCACACGUUAAAAGAGCAAAAUACUUUUUGAUGGCUACUAUUUAAAGAGUAACUCAGACAUUUUAUUAUUAUUUAACAUUUUACACACCAUUAACAGUGAGCAGUGAGUCUAUGUGGUUCUGUCUGAUCAACCUCACUUAUGGAAAAGGAAUAAAUGUAGAGUCACCUGUCCUCCUCCUGGAGAUCGACCGUCCUGCAUGUUUCACCCACAACCCAAAUCUAACACACGUCUUUCAGCUAAUCAAGGACUUCUGAAGCCAAUAAUUAGGAUCAGGUGAUCAGGGUUGGAGAUAAAGUCUGGAAGGAAGGUAGAUCUUCAGAGCAGGGCUGGUGACCACAGGUGUAAAGUACCAAAAUGUUAAUGCACUUCAGUGUUUGGAGUUCAGUUUGUAAUGAAACUGCAUUUGAAAUGUGUCUCAUAUAUAAAAAUAAUGAUAAUAAUAAUA